UAUUGUUUAACAAAACAGACAAGAAAAAAAUAAUCAGGAUAUCAAUAUUAUGUUGUUCAGACCACUUGUAACUAAUUUUUUUAUUGUUCUAAUAUAUGGUUUAGAAAAUAGAAGAGAAGGCGGAGAUGUUGCAUUGUUUGGACCGCUUGAAACCAAUCAGUUUGAUCUAGUAUUUGCUUUGGGAAAUGAUGGAGAAGGUGGAGACGUUUCAUUGUUUGGACCGCUUGGAACUAAUCUCUUUGUUCUAAUAUCGUGUCUGGAAAAUGAUGGAGAAGGUGGAGACGUUGCAUUGUUCGGACCGCUUGGAACCAAUCUCUUUUCCGCUCCAAUAUCGUCUCUGGAAAAUGGUGGAGAAAGUGGAGAGGUUGCAUUGCUCGGACCGCUUGGAACCAAUCUAUUCGUUCCAAUAUCUGCUCUAGGAAAAGAUGGAGAAGGUGGAGAUGUUUCAUUGUUUGAACCGUUUGGAACCAAUCUAUUCGCUCGGAUAUUGUCUCUGGAAGAUGGUGGAGAAAGUGGAGAGGUUGCAUUGCUCGGACCGCUUGGAACUAAUCUAUUCGUUCCAAUAUCUGUGCUAAAAAACGAUGGAGAAGGUGGAGAUGUUUCAUUGUUCGGACCGCUCGGAACUAAUCUCUUGGUUCCAACAACUGCUCUAGAAAAUGAUGGAGGGUGUGAAGAUUCUUCAUUGUUUGAACCACUUGAAUCUAUUCUCUUUGCCUCCGCAUUUGGUAAAGAAAAUGAAAUUAUUUCCCGAGUGGCUAAAGACAAUGUAAGAAAAAAGAAUUGAAGCACCACAACUCCAAAAAGCCCUCUCAUAUUUUGUUUU